AUGGCUCGUUCAAUGUUUGAGGCCGACAAGUUCAAACUAUCGACAGACUUCUAUAACGAUUAUGUGGUUCACUUGACAAGUGAACGCAAGGUAUUAGCCACGUGGAAGAGGGACAAAAGUCUUGGUAUUGGCGCCUCGGGUGUUGUUUGGCGUGAGAAGGACGAUAAAGGACAAUUGAGAGCGGUAAAAUCGAUGCUCCGCGACAAGGUGUUAUCCCCAAAUAGUCUCGCUCAUGAGCUUGCAGCUUUAAUCAGGCUGAGAGAUCGUGACAAUUUAUUUGUGAAAUUCUUGGGCUGGUAUGAGAAUAAUAAUAGCGUAUAUCUUGCAAUGGAGUAUGUGGGGUGCGGCGAUCUGAGUCAAUACAUUGCAGAUCGUGAAAAGGCGAUAGCCGGCGCAAAGACGAUCACUAGGCAAAUCCUUGAGGGGCUUUCAAUACUGCAUGGGGAGGGAAUCUGUCACCGGGACUUGAAGCCCCAGAAUAUCCUUGUUGCUUCACGGAUUCCCCUUCGUAUCAAGAUCGCCGAUUUCGGGACUUCAAAGCGAGCAGAAAACACCGUGUUGAGAACCAAGCUUGGCACUCCUGCCUAUAGCGCCCCAGAGUUGAUGGGUUCUUCAAUGACUGAAUUCACGAACGCCUUGGACAUCUGGUCGCUAGGUAUUCUUGUGCACGAGGUCUUGACAUCGAAAAGACCAUUCUUUGACCAGGCUGCAUUUGGUGACGAUUCUGAAGAUAUAUCGGGGUUGGCGUCUUUUAGUACGACAAAGAGUUCGAGUCAAGCUGUGGACUCUCCUCUCCUCUUCGGAUAUUAUUAUGGGAAGAUUGAGUUCCCUGUCGAAGACCUGGAAACAUCGGGGGCAAGCCCAGAGGCGAUACGCUUUGUGCGGGGGUUGCUGGCCGCGCGGCCAGAGGAUCGCCCUACUGCGUCGGCAGCUUUAAGAGAUGUGUGGCUUUAUAUCGAUCAGCCUGAGUAUGGCCACAUGCAUAGUUGGCUUGAAGCUCUGGAAAGCGAGCUCUCUGUGCUAGGAAUUGAUUUGAGGUUGCAGGAGGACCAGAAGCAAAAGCUCUGGGAGGGAGGUGAUGAGGUGGAUAUCAUGCAAUUGAUGUCAGAUUUGGAGAGGAAGGCUUAUUCCUCCUUACUGGAACAAGCCGUCGCAAAGGGAUUAACCUUACUUGUACCAAUGCUCUUGAGAUCACAAAACUACCAACAGGAGCGCAUGGGUCGCCUUUCCCUGGAACAUCUCUUCCACAAGGCGGUCAAGGCAAGAAGAACAGCCAUGAUCCAGCUUUUGCAGUCCAAAGGAGCAGAUAUUUGUGCCCUUCUUGAAGGGAAAUCAGCGCUGUACUGCGCGGCCGAGCGCGGGGAUACCGAAAUCGCAAAGGUCCUUCUGGAACUUGGUCUCGACAACGACGCCAAAACAAAUACUCGGGACCACGAAACAGCAUUACAAGUGGCCGCUCUCUAUGGACACCUUGCGGCUGCUUCUUCCGGGAAUAUCGACAUUGUAGAACUGAUGUUGCAUCACGGAGCGGAUAUCAAUGGCCCACUGUAUCAUGAGGAAGGCCGUACAGCACUGCAGGCCGCUGCUCAAUUUGGAAACGAUGCCAAGAUAGUAAAGCUCUUGUUAGAACGCGGGGCAGAGAUCAACGCGAAUCCAAGUCAGCACUUUGGUCGAACGGCGUUGCAGGCCGCUUGUGAGAUUGGUAGUAUUGAGAUGGUGGGAUUGCUGUUACAUGAAGGGGCCAAUGUCAAUGCCGAGCCAGCCACCCGUGGUGGCCGAACAGCAUUGCAGGCGGCAUGUGAAGGCGGGCAUUUGGCUGUGGUCAAGAUACUCCUAGAACAUGGGGCCAACGUCUCCGCAGAGCCGUCGUCGGAGGCCGGGGUAGCAGCAUUGGAAGCAGCGGCGGGCAGUGGAAGUCUCGACAUCAUGAAUCUGCUCCUGGGGAAUGGAGUCAAGCCUACUUGUUUUACUUUAACAGCUGCAGCUCGAGGUGGCCACAUGGAUAUUGUCAAGUUCCUUCUAGACAUGGGAAUUGAUCGUGGCGUCGAAGCAGACUACAAGGGCGGUCUUAUUCCAACCCCCAUGCAAGCAGCGUCGCGAGCUGGCCAUCUUGAUAUGGUUAAGAUGCUGUUUUCUCAUGGGUUCAGUUGCUGCGAACCAGCAAAAGAAUAUGGUCGAACGGCCUUGCAAGCCGCAGCGGAGGGUGGCCAUAUCCGUAUUGCAAGGUUCCUAGUGGUAAACGGGGCAUCUGUGCAUGAGAACGGCAGCUCCUUUGGUGGAAGAGCAGCGAUCCAAGCUGCAGCUGAGAGAGGGCACGCCGAGAUGGUCAGCUUCCUUUUAGGACACGGUGCUAGUGUCAAUACUGCUCAGGGAUAUUUGAGCGGCCCGUCACCAAUACAGGCGGCUGUCGAGAACGGGCAUGUCGAGGUUAUAAACGUACUCCUAGCCAACAAAGUAGAUCUCACUUGGGAUUGUGUGGUCACUCCGGGUGCUCCCUCCCGCAAGAUACUACAGAUUGCUGCUGGGAGUGGAUAUAUUGGCAUCGUGGAGCUCCUCCUGGGAACUGGGCUUGAUAUUAAUUAUCCAGAUAACGCGUAUAAUCCGUCAGUACUGCAAUUAGCGGCCGAAAAGGGGGAUAUCUCCAUGGUUAGGUUCCUAUUGAGUAAGGGGGCAGACCCUUCUCCAAAUAUCCCCAUCCAUGCCAGCACUGGUCUAGUGUCGCCAUUGAAGGCCGCCGUCAUCUGUGAACUCUCCAACGUUAACAAAGGCAGGCACAUGGACCUAAUAAAUCUACUCCUCGACCAUGGUGCUGCUGUUAACAGUGCCAGCAGUCUCCCUCUUUCAAACCCGUCCGCGCUCCAUCUAGCUGUUCGGGGUGGACACAUAGAGCUAGUCAGAAUUCUGCUGAAGCGAGGGGCCGAGGUCAAUACCCUGAUCCCAUUUAGUGCCGAACAGACAGCGUUGGAAGCUGCAGUUGAAGGCGGCCAUGUCGAAACUGUCAAACUCCUUCUCCAGAACGGCGCACGCCCGAACAACCCUCAGGCAGGCUCGAUAGACAAUUUCCGACCGUCGGCGCUACUUUUGGCAGUUUUGGGCGAGUCCCUAGACCUCGCAAAGUUACUUUUGCAAAAGGGCGCCUCUGUCAAAUCGUCAACCCCUACACUCGGGACACCUCUCGCAGCUGCCACUAGACUUGGAAACACUGAGAUGAUCAAGCUCCUUCUUUCCUUUCACGCCGAUAUCAAUGAUAUGUAUAGUGGUGAUCCUAUGGGAACAUGGAUCACAGCAUUAGAGGUUGCAGCUUCAGCGGGUAAUAUCGAGAUCGUCAGACUACUCUUAGCGAACGGGGCCGAUGCAAGGCUCCCAGCCCUAGGCUAUGGGAGUCAACCAUUACAAACGGCGGCCCGAGGUGGACAUCGCGAUAUCCUGGAUCUACUUUUGCAAAAUGGAGCGGACAUAAACGCGAGUCCAUGUAACACUUCUGGCCGCACGGCACUACAGGCUGCAGCCGAGUAUGGAAAUCGUGAUAUCGUGGAAUUCCUUUUGGAAAGAAUGGCUGAUGUUAAUGCUGAACCCGGAUCAGGGGGUGGUCGCACAGCAUUACAGGCUGCAGCUGGGGGUGGACAUCUUGAGAUUGUAGAAAUCCUCUUGCAGAGAAAGGCUGACGUCAACGCGGAGGCUGCACAGAGGGAAGGUCGGACUGCGUUGCAGGCAGCAGCUGAGGCUGGACAUCUCGAUAUUGUGAAAUUGCUCCUGCAGUGUGGGGCAAAUUUCAAGGCGAGAGCGAGUGGUGGCUCUGGGACUCUCAGCGUGUUGCAAGCAGCUGCUGCAGGUGGAAAUAUCGAGAUCUUCAACCUAGUCUCUGAUUUGCAUAGUGAUUUCGACGCGGAGGUUAGUGUGAAUGCCGACGAGGAUCCGACUCGUGUAGGCUCACGAACCGCGCUACAAGCAGCAGCUGGGGGUGGACAUACAGAGAUGGUGAAGCAUCUACUCACUCUAGGUGCUCAUAUCAACGCUCCAGCAGCGCUCACAUCUGGUCGCACUGCAUUGCAAGCCGCGGCGGGGAAUGGUCAUAUCAAAACAGUGGAGCUACUUUUACAAUACGGUGCUGAUAUUAACGCCCCAGGCUCUGCUGUCGGCGGUGGUCAAAUGGCAUUACAAGCUGCAGUUGAUGGGGGGCAUGUCGAGAUUGUGAAAAUCCUCCUACAUCACGGAGCAGAUGUUAAUAUUGAGCCAUCAACGUCUGAUAAUCGAAGCGUCUUGUCGAUAGCUAAGUACAAUCGCCACGAUGAACUUGUGGAUAUUCUUACAAGGUCUGGAGCCCGGGACGAUGAUCGCAAUGUUAAGAUGGACCUCCCCUCGUGGUUCAGUGAUCAACCGAAAAUCCUGGACAUCCACACAGAUUUAGAAACGCAGGCCAAUGCAGUCCUGGAUAUAAAACCCGCCUCCAGUGUUCCAGAUCUCGGUAUCAAUCGCAAACACACUACUUGGCCCCGAUCUCUCUUCUCCUACCGCAUUGAUAUCUACAGUGGUGAUGAUCCGCUGAUCGCGGCUAGGAAUAACGUGGACCAUAUUCUCAUGUUGUUCCAGUCUCAGAUGCCGCCCAUGCAAUCAGUAGACUAG